AUGGACCAGCUUUAUGAAUGGCGCAAACAAUUUCUCGGCGAUCGAGUGUCCGAUGACUUUCUCUCCGGCGCGGCCGCUGGCUGUCUGGCCACGAUUUUGCUGGUCCUUAUCGCGCGCGUCGUGUCAAUACUGCGCAACGAUGUCUACGACCUCUCUCACUGGAAGCUGAACAUUCGUGUGCCAAUUCAGCCCAUGUGGAUGAACAUGGGAUACUGGCGGACACCGCGCGGCGAGAAGAUACAGCAUCUUGACCAGGCUUGCGCCGCGCUGCUUCGGGAAGUCCUACGCGCCGCCGACCUGCUCACCGGCGACCCCGUCGCCGAGAAGGAGCUCCGGCACCGCCGCAGCAUUGCCAUUCUCGACGUGGGCUUCGGCUGCGGCGACCAGACCGUGGAGAUGGCGCGCACCCUCGACGCGCCCGCCUGGCAGAGCUUCCGCUACGUCGGGCUGACGCUGAACCAGGCGCAGCUGCAGCUCGCGUACCAGCGCGUCGAGCGCGAGAUUGCCAGCGCCAACCGUCACGGCGUCCGGCUGGGGCCCGAGUCGUUUCGCCUCUUUGGCGCCGACGCCGCGCGGCCCGAGUCGUGGGCGCGGCCGGUCCGGGCGCUCGUCGACGGCAUCGCGGACGAGGCGAACCAGGACCGCUGGCUGCUGGCCCUGGACUGCAUGUAUCACUUUGCGCCCUCGCGGAUGCCGCUGCUGCUCUAUGCGGCGCGCGAGCUCAAGGCCAACUUCAUGGCGUUUGAUCUCGUGCUCAACGACAAGGCCUUCUUCUCGGCCCGCAUGACGGCGAAGCUGGUGGGUCGGCUUGCGGGAUGUCCGCUCAAUGCGUUCAUGACAGAGGGGCAGUACACAGAGCAGCUUGUGGACGCAGGAUAUGACAAGGGUACGGUUAAGAUUCAGGAUGUAACGUCGGCCGUGUUCAGCGGGCUUGUGGCACACAUUGAGAGACAGCAACGUUCACUAAAGCCUUACGGAAUAUCCAUGGGGAGUAUGGGUGUGGCAAGGCGGAUGUUUAACUGGGCCGACAGCACUGGUGUCUUACGUGCCGUCAUAGUCGUGGCCCGUGUCAAACGCAAAACCGCAUAG